CAUCAGUGUGCCAGCCUUGUCCGACAUCGGUGGGUCCUCCAUUCCGAAGAUUGGAGAUAGACUCAGCGAGUGCUCGCUUCGGGGUUUGGCCAAAAUCAAUGAGCAGCUUGAAGACGAGAACGCGGAAUCGCUAUCACCUGACAAGCACGACUCAGAGGAGCGGGACGAAGAUCGAGAAGUACUUGUUCGAAUAAGAGGCCAUUUUUGAAUAGAUUUUACCAUGCUGGUGCUGCACGACUGGCUCGUUGGAAUGUUGUAAUAUUCGAGUAUUAAAAAUAUUGAUGUUCACGUUGAGGGUGUAGUUGCGGCGGCGUAGUAAAAAAUUAGCCGAGAUGUAGUGCUUCUUAUCUUACUCAUGCUGUUACAAGUUUCGCUUUCGUUCCAAAAUCAGGAUACCCUUCCGAACGUCGGCUUCGCAACGACAGUUGUGCAGAGUUCUUUCGCGGAAGGGGAUGACUCGCUGAGCGGGACGUCGAAGACUGGCGAAGCUUCGCCUCUCUGUGCUUCCAUGACUAGUAGC